CUUUCAUACUCUUUCAAAUUAAUUAUCGAUAAAAAAAAUUGUAACAUACGAAAAAAAGACGCACAUAUCGUUAUUUUGAUAUACGGGAAAUGAGGCAAUGAUUGAAAAUAUAUAAUCUUGUCACACAUGCAAGCAUCGAAACAGUAAACAAUAAAAGCACGAACUAGAAAUCAUAAACAAAAAAAAAUUCACGAGAAACGAUUGCAAGAAAAUUGCUUGCGGAUGUACAACUAGUUUAUGCAGAAUUCAGAGCAUAUCGCAAUACAAUGACGUUAUCGGGAGCAGGAUUAGCGCUUUGUUCACUAUUCACGCUAUAUUUUGGCGGCUCACCAGUUAUAUACUCGCCAGCACCUCGGGGCGAUUGCCAUAAUUGUUGCCCAAUUCGGGAGCCAAGGGACAUUAAAUUCUUCUUAUACACAAGAUCGAAUCCAAUCAAAGCCGAUGUACUUUACUUAUCUGACAAAAAGCGUUUUGAAUCAUCAAACUUUAAUAAAUCGAAUGUUCUGAUUGUUUAUUUACACGGAUUUUCGGAAAGUGUACCCGGCGGAUCUGGACAAAGUAGCCAAGAAAUUCGGGACGCGUUCUUAAAAGCAAAUGACAACAACAUUUUGUUAGUGGACUGGAGCCCAAUCACCGCUUUGCCAUGGUAUUGGAAUUCUGUACAAAAUGUGCCGCGUGUAGGAAGGUAUUUGGCACGUUUUAUCAAAUUUCUCAAUGAAAAUGGAGUGAAUAUGCAACGGAUUCAUUUGAUUGGCUUUAGUUUGGGAGCUGAAGUGGCCGGAUUUGCUGGGAAAACGCUAAAAGAAUGGAAUCUUAGUUUGUCAAGGAUAACAGGUCUGGAUCCUGCAUUUCCCCUUCAUAUGUUCAUUAAUAAAUCGACGAGAUUGAGUGUGGAUUCGGCUGAUUUUGUUGAUGUCAUUCACACAGAUGGUGGAAUUCUUGGCUAUCCAUGGCCACUUGGCCAUGCAGAUUUCUAUCCGAAUCGAGGUGUUCUACAGCCCGGUUGCGUAGCACAAGAGAUAUCAAAAAAUCGAUGGUACACUAUUGUGGUUGGCUGCAGUCACCAGAGAGCAUGGGAAUAUUUUAUUGAAUCACUCAGUCGGCCAAGUGCUUUUUUGGCAACAUACUGUGAACCAACUACUGAACCAAAGUCGUUGUUACCAAUAAACAAUCAAACCGAAAUAAACUGUGAUAAAAAAAUUUCAGCUUACAUGGGCUUCAGUGCAGACACAAGGUUACGAGGUAAAUUCUAUUUGUCAACGAAUAGUGAACCACCAUUUGGUAAAAAUUGAAGCAGCGCUGCAAGAUCGGAGAGUUUUGUAGUUGCUGAGCAAAAUCAAAUAAACGAUCGAGCCCAAAGUUAUGCUAAAUUAUUAUUUAUUCCAAGUUGGAACAACUGUCAGUCAUAAUACUAGAUUUAUAAGGGGCAAUGCUUUUCAUACCAUAUUAGAUUCAACGGAUUUAUUAUGGUGAAACGAUUUAUUUGCUGACAGUGACAAAAUGAUUGAAAGCAACUAAUUAUCAACAUUUCUAUGAUUCUGCCAUUUACUUUUUUAUGACAAUUUCAGAAAAUUAAGAACCAUCCCAGUAAUAUAAUUAAUUGUUAAUCACAAU